CACAGCCACGACGGUGGAUGUGAGCGUCUCCUGUCUGCGCAUGCGCCCGCUCAGCGGCCUGCUUCUAUUUAUGUGGGGGAUCCAACAUGGCGGCCGCAACGAUCCUGGCGAUGGCGGUGGAGCCCAUCAGAACAUAGUGGCGGGGAAGGGGGGACAGUCCGCACUCACGGUGGCGUCGGCGGCGACAGCUGAGGGUGGUGGAGGGAAGAAAAGCGACGGAGAGCAAAAGGAAGGGCAGGCAGGCAAACAACUCGGCGUAGAACCGAGCGCCGGCUCGAGCGAAGGCAGAGGGCCAGAACAGUGGGGAUGGCGGAGCCACGCAGAGUAGCGUUUAUUAGCCUGUCACCGGUGAGGCGGCGCGAGGCCGAGUUCCCGGGGGCCGAACGCGAGCCCGACUACCCUCGCGAGCCCCCCCGACUGGAGCCGCAGCCGUACCGCGAGCCGGCCCGGGCGGAGCAGUCGGCCCCGCGGGAGGUUGCCCCCCGGUCGGACGCGCAGCCCCCGCCGCGGGAGAAGGCGCUCCCCCAGCGCGAGGUCAGCCGCGCCGAGCCGCCCAUGUCGCUGCAGCGCGAGCCCCCUAGGCCCGAGCCGCCGCCGCCGCCGCCGCUCCCGCAGUUGCACUUGCAGCCGCCUCCGCCGCGGGAGUCGGCUUCCCGGGCCGAGCCGCAGCAGAGGCCGUCGAAGGAGACAGUGCGCCUGGAGCUGGUGCUCAAGGAUCCCACCGACGAGAGCUGCGUGGAGUUCAGCUACCCGGAGCUGUUGCUGUGCGGAGAACAACGGCAGAAGAAGCCCGUUUACAUGGAAGACCCGUUCAAUGAUGAUCAUCAAGAGAGGCAAGAAGUGGAAAUGUUGGCUAAGAAGUUUGAAAUGAAAUAUGGUGGGAAGCCCCGUAAACACCGGAAGGAUCGGCUACAAGAUUUAAUCGAUAUAGGCUUUGGCUAUGAUGAGACAGAUCCAUUUAUUGAUAAUUCAGAGGCUUAUGACGAAUUAGUUCCUGCUUCUCUAACAACAAAAUAUGGAGGGUUUUAUAUCAACACUGGCACUCUCCAGUUUCGCCAAGCUUCAGAUACUGAAGAAGAAGAUACUACAGACAACCAAAAGCACAAGCCACCCAAAAUUCCCAAAAUGAAAGAAGAUGAUAUUGAGUUGAAGAAGCGGAAGCGGAAAGAGGAAGGGGAAAAGGAGAAGAAGCCAAGGAAAAAAGUACCGAAACAACUGGGAGUUGUGGCUCUAAAUUCACACAAAUCUGAAAAAAAGAAGAAACGUUAUAAAGAUUCUCUUUCUCUAGCUGCCAUGAUAAGAAAAUUUCAAAAAGAGAAGGAUGCAUUAAGGAAGGAGUCUAACCCUAAAGUCCCAGUGAACUUCUCGACCUCCUCUCUGCAUAAAACCCCCUCUGCUGCUGUGGCAUUGGGGAAUGAUGUCUCGGACUUAAAUCUAAAUAGUGCUGAUCCGGACCUCCCCAUUUUUGUUAGCACAAAUGAACAUGAACUAUUUCAGGAAGCUGAAAAUGCCCUAGAGAUGCUAGAUGAUUUCGACUUUGACAGAUUACUGGAUGCUGCUUCUAAUGGCAGCCCCCUGUCUGAGUCAGGAGGAGAGAAUGGAAACGCCACCCAGCCAACCUAUGCCUCUCAAGUUAUGCCCAAGGUGGUACCUACACUCCCAGAGGGUCUGCCUGUCCUUCUUGAAAAACGUAUCGAAGACCUCCGUGUAGCUGCCAAACUUUUUGAUGAAGAAGGAAGGAAAAAAUUCUUUACACAGGAUAUGAAUAAUAUUCUUCUGGACAUUGAGUUACAGCUGCAGGAACUAGGCCCUGUCAUUCGUAGCAGUGUCUACUCCCACCUUGAAGCUUUUGUGCCAUGCAAUAAAGAAACACUGGUAAAACGUCUAAAGAAGUUACAUCUCAAUGUCCAGGAUGAUCGUUUAAGAGAACCUCUGCAAAAACUGAAACUGGCUGUUAGCAAUGUCAUGCCUGAACAGCUAUUUAAAUACCAGGAGGACUGCCAGGCUCGUAAUCAAGCUAAGUGUGCCAAGUUUCAAACAGAUGAAGAACGAGAAAAAAAUGGGUCUGAGGAAGAUGAUGAUGAGAAACCAGGGAAACGUGUCAUAGGACCAAGGAAGAAGUUCCACUGGGAUGACACCAUUAGAACUUUGUUAUGUAACCUUGUUGAGAUCAAAUUGGGAUGCUAUGAGUUAGAGCCAAAUAAAAGCCAGUCUGCUGAGGAUUAUCUUAAAUCCUUUAUGGAGACAGAGGUGAAACCAUUGUGGCCUAAGGGCUGGAUGCAGGCAAGAAUGCUUUUUAAGGAAAGUCGGAGUGUACAUAAUCAUCUUACUUCUGCUCCGGCAAAGAAAAAGGUGAUUCCUGCACCUAAACCCAAAGUGAAGGAGUGUAGUCCAAAAAAGGACCAGAAAACUCCUGCAUCCUUGGUGGCUUCAGUUGGUGGCCCUUCAACGAGCUCUAGCACAUCUGCUGUGGCCUCCACCAGUUCUAGCUCUACACCGGCCCAGGAGACGAUCUGCCUUGAUGACUCACUAGAUGAAGAACUUUCUUUUCAUCCACCUGCACUGGAUCUUGUUUCUGAAGCUUUAGCUGUUAUCAACAACGGGAACAAGGGCCCUCCAUCUGGCUCAAGGAUAAGUAUGCCAACUGCAAAACCUCGUCCAGGACUGAGAGAGGAAAAAUUAGCAAGUAUCAUGAGUAAACUGCCACUGGCUACUCCCAAAAAACUAGAUUCUACUCAGACCGCACAUUCAUCAAGUCUUAUUGCUGGCCACACAGGGCCAGUACCAAAGAAACCCCAGGAUUUAGCUCAUACUGGCAUCUCUUCAGGCCUUAUUGCUGGUUCUUCAAUUCAGAACCCUAAAGUUUCCUUAGAACCUUUGCCAGCCAGGCUACUUCAACAAGGACUACAGAGGUCAAGCCAGAUUCAUGCUUCUUCCUCUUCACAGACCCAUGUCUCCUCUUCUUCCCAAGCCCAAGUUGCUGCCUCCUCUCACGCUCUGGGAACAUCAGAGGCCCAAGAUGCUUCUUCGUUAACACAAGUAACAAAGGUGCACCAGCAUUCAGCUGUCCAACAGAACUAUGUGUCUCCAUUACAAGCAACUAUUAGUAAAUCACAGACCAAUCCAGUGGUGAAAUUAAGUAAUAAUCCCCAACUUUCCUGUUCAUCCCCACUUAUUAAGUCUUCAGAUAAGCCACUUAUGUACCGCCUUCCCUUAUCUACUCCCCCACCUGGAAAUGGUUCUCAAGGGUCCCACUCCCUGGUUUCUAGGACAGUACCUAGCACCACUACCUCCAGUAACUAUUUAGCCAAGGCAAUGGUGUCACAAAUCUCCACGCAGGGUUUCAAAUCUCCCUUCUCAAUGGCUGCAUCCCCAAAACUUGCCGCAUCUCCAAAACCUGCCACGUCUCCUAAACCCUUGCCCUCACCUAAGCCUUCUGCCUCACCCAAGCCCUCUCAGUCAGCUAAGCCUUCAGUAUCAACUAAACUUAUUUCUAAAUCCAACCCAACUCCCAAACCUACUGUAUCCCCAAGUUCUUCCAGUCCAAAUGCACUAGUGGCCCAGAGUAGCCACUCUAGCAGUAACAACCCAGUCCAUAAACAGCCCAGUGGAAUAAACAUCAGCAGACAGUCUCCCACCUUGAAUUUAUUGCCCUCUAAUCGCACUUCAGGCCUUCCAUCUACAAAAAAUCUUCAGGCCCCUCCAAAGCUAACAAACUCAUCAUCCACUGGAACUGUCGGCAAGAAUAGCUUGAGUGGAAUUGCAAUGAAUGUACCGGCCAGCAGAGGUAGCAACCUUAACUCAAGCGGAGCUAAUAGGACUAGUCUAUCUGGGGGAACAGGAAGUGGAACACAGGGUGCUACUAAACCGUUGUCUACUCCACAUAGACCAUCCUCUGCCUCAGGGUCGUCAGUGGUAACAGCCAGUGUGCAGUCCACAGCAGGAGCAUCAUUAUUGGCUAAUGCCUCACCUCUGACUCUCAUGACAUCACCUUUGUCUGUAACAAAUCAAAAUGUGACUCCUUUUGGGAUGCUGGGUGGCCUUGUUCCAGUGACCAUGCCCUUCCAGUUUCCCUUGGAGCUACUUGGCUUUGGAACGGACACAGCUGGAGUGACAGCCACCUCGGGAUCUACCUCAGCCGCUUUCCACCAUAGCCUAACUCAGAAUUUACUAAAGGGUUUACAGCCAGGAGCUCAGCAUUCAGCAACACUUUCCCACUCACCUCUGCCUACACAUUUACAGCAAACAUUUAAUGAUGGAGGCCAAAGUAAAGGGGACACUAAAUUACCACGGAAAUCUCAGUGACUUCCAGCAAGCAAAGGAGAUGACACACUCGGCUGGCUGAUGGAAUCUACCUGAUGGAAAAGUACUCAUGUGGUCAUAGGGCUGCUGUUCUGUCGAUGUUUACAUUCUCUCGUCCCAAGCACUGUGGUGAGGAGGAAAAAGAAAAGAAAACAUUACUUGAGUAAAGCCAGGUGCAGGAGGAAGAAAUGCUUUCGUGCAAAGUUAGUGACCUUUGGUCUCUUCUAAAGAAAGACAAAGUUACCAUAUUAACUGACUUGAAAGAGACUCAGUUGUCAAACCCACAGAAAUACAAAUUUGAUUUUUCCCGGGGGAGGAAGAAGGAAAUUGAGGAUUUGGGUAAACUCCAUCCAUCCUGGGGGUUGGAUCUGAACACUUGUAGACAUAAUUGCAUAAUAAAAGACAAUAUAUCUGAAAUUAGGCCAGUUUGUCAGGAGUAAUGAUCAUGUCUGGGUGGACUGUGCAGCAAAUUUGCCACAAACAAAGUUAAUGACCCUGUGUGUCUGAUACAGACGGUAGCUGAGUAUGUAUCACGCACCCUCAAAAAUCCUGAACAAACUUGAAUCUACUCCAGUGUGUAGCAGCUCCUGUGUAAGUCAGUGGACUAAAGAUGCUUCAGGAAAGUCAUUUUAGCACAGUGAUAUAUAUUACAUUUUUAAGUCAAAAAAUUGAGCCCGUUGCUCUUAACAGACAAAACUUAGAUGUUCCCUUUUUGUAAAAGGGUCAAUUACAUCUUCCAUUCAGAAGCAGGUACUUAACUCUCUUCUUCAGGUGAUUUGUGCAUCUGGUAUUGACUGGUUAAUUCUUAUUUCCAUUCUUGGUGUUAAAACGUGACUGUGUUCACAUUUUCCUCUUGAAAAAUGGGGAUCUUUGAUAUAGGGCUGUGGCUUUGGUCCACUUAGCCUUUGCAGGCCUGCCAGUAUGAACUUUAAAUUUCCCCCAACAUCACCUCAGGUUCACAACGUCUUCUGUUCUUUUAGCUAGUGGUAUUUCAGGUGAUUAUUAACUGUUGAUAUAAACAGGUAUAAGUGUGCAUUACAAUGCUUCUUCAUUGGUCAUUCAAAUGGCAUAUAUGUAUUUUUUUUUGAAUUUUGAAGAUGGUAUUUUAAAGGGAAGAAUUAAAUUAGGAUCAUUAUGUGUACAGGGGAUUAUUUUUAUAACAAUCAUAGUGUAUUUUUACUCCCUAUAUCCAGUGUAGUGAAAUUGAUUUGGAGCAUUUGGGAUUUUAAAGCUUUACUAAUAUUUACUCAGAGUAUUGAUAUGUGAGUAAACCUGCAUAUAAUAAGACUCCAUUAUUACAGCUUCCUCAUGCAAAUAGCAUAUUCAACAAAGGACGUUAAGGGAGUUUUUUUUUUUUUUUUUUUUGCGGUAUGUGAGCCCCUCACCGUUGUGGCCCCUCCCGUUGCGGAGCAGAGGCUCCCGACGCGCAGGCUCAACGGCCAUGGCUCACGGGCCCAGCCGCUCUGCGGCAUGUGGGACCCUCCCGGACCGGGGCACGAACCCGUGUCCCCUGCAUCGGCAGGCGGACUCUCAACCACUGCACCACGAGGGAAGCCCCAAGGGAGAAAUUUAUGGUUAUGUUUGGAUACAUUUUGUUUGGGUUUUUUUUCACCUCAUCAUUGUUCUAGUCUCUCUUUUUUCCUUCCUAUUUAGGCUUCUGAAUGUUUUCAGACUGUACUCAAGAAUAGUGUAAGCUUGAUCCAUUAACAAUAACAGACUAACCUAAAAAAACCAGCAUCAGAUUGGUAGUAGCAAGAUUCCUUGCAUAUGUUUUCAUUACAAAUCAUCCUGUUACGUUUACUCAGAUAAGGGUAUUAACCAGGCCCUUUUUUUACUUUCAUGAGCAGAAGUUCCAAAUAGCUUUAGGACUGUGAAUAAAUUAGCACAGAUCUCUUUAGAUCUGUAAGCCUAUAUUUUGACUUCAGAGUCACAUUGGCUUGGUUAUAGCAAAAAAAAAAAAGUUAAUAACUGAAAACUUUAGUUCUAAGAACUUGUUACAGUAAGAGGAAAGGAUUAUUUCAAAGGAAUCAUUGAUAUAAUUACUUGCCUCUAAGAAUUUAGUUUACCGGUAAAGCAAAUAAGAAUGUUGUAUCAACCCUGGUGGAUAUUUUGGAAGGAUAUUGGGAUGGUGCAGAUAGGUUUGACUUGAAUUGAGUAUGUUUGAUUAAAGUUUGUUUGGUUUUUUAACUAGGGAAACUUACCCAAUUCUUGAGUUGUUCCAGUGUAGCAUACCUCUUGCUUUUAUAAUUUAGAAAAAAGAAGUCUUGCUAAUCUAUAGGAACUUUCCUUUGGGAAGCUGCCUUUGUUUUCCUUCCCGUACCAGGAGAGAAGUCAGAAUGCACACUGAUCUCUCUUCCUGAGGACAGUUGUGCAUGUAUUCAUCUGCGUGUGUAUAUCUGUACACAUAUAUUUAUCUAUACAUAAGUUCAUUGGGACUUUCGGUUGAGGAGUAACAACUUUAAUUUCUUAAAUCCAUGAACUGAAUCACGCCAUGUGAAGAUCCCUGAUGACUCUGUCCUCAUUAGAGAAGAACAGGAUUAUCAGUUCUUCCCCAGUAUCGUUUAUAACUAACCGGUAAAAAUAACUGAAGGCCCUUGGCUCUGUGGAGUUCUCAUACGUGGAGAUUCUGUUCUUUUCUCUUCGGUCUUGAUUCUGCGUCACUGCACCACAUUUUCACUACCUUAAUCCACUCCAAUCAAGACUACCCUUUUCUGUUGUACAAGUGAAACCAACAUCCUUAUAUUUCUUAAAAAGUAUGAUCAAAGAGUUACUACAUGUAAAUACCUCUUUCUUUUCUAGGCCAUAACAUUGAAAAUGGUGUCCAUACUGUACAGUCACCUAUUUUUACAGUUUGUCUUACUAAAAUCAUACAUACAAAUCGGUUAUUUUUUAGCACAGAGGCUUGUGACUCAUAUUCUAUUUUUGCACUUGAAAGUCAAAUUAUGUUAUUUUUUAAAAUGAUGAGUAAUUUGGAAAGGAUAUAGAGCAAUGUGUAUUUCUGAAGAGCAUUAGCAACACCCCAAUGUAAAAGUAAUCAGCACACAAUUAUGUCCCAUUUCAGCGGGAUUUCUUGAUUCAGGAAAAGUAAGCUGUUUUCAACUGUCUUGUAUUUUAAAUUGCCUUCACUGAUGUAUAAGCUGUUACUGUACAUACAAGUUAAUCCUCAGUAUUCACGAGCAAUAAUGAAUGGUCAGCAGAGUUGUCUCCAGAGAUAGCAGUGCUGAGCCUCCGUUGGAGACUGAGAGCAAAGUGUCAAGCUCAUUCAGAGCCUCCACAAUAGAUGUAAGCAAUAAUUUAGUUAUAAGUCGACUAUAAUUCUUUCUCAUAUGCUUCUGAGAUCAGUGGGUAAAAGAAAUCAUGAUUUUAAAGCAGCCUGAAGAAAUUAAGUUUUGGGGAAAGAAGUGAGGUUAAUCUGAAGUCACAAAAUCUUGAUAUUGAGGGAAUCAGAGGAUUGUGUUAGUACAUUCUUUUAUGCCUACCACCCCUUUGAUGGAUGCUGUUAGCCCAAAUUACAUUUUUUAAUAUCAGAGAAGCUGAAUAGGGUUUAUCAUAUCACCCAGGUAGGAGGAAGAACCGGGCACACACAUGUUUGAAUGCUGUGGGUUUGACACCUGUUUGAAAACAACUUAUCUGAAAAGAUUUUUAACCCAGGAUUUUUUUUUUCCCAAAGCAGAUCUAAAUUGUUUACUACCCAGGUUUGGAAAGGGCAGACACCUCUAAUCUUUCUCCUCUCGUUGCCCUCUACCACACCCCUUUCCACCUCUACUUGGUUCAAGACAUUUUCUGAAAUGGAAUUCUACUGUUAUUCAAACUGCCAUUGAUUAUGAGAACGCUGUGUCCCUUGGGAUCAUCUCUUAGCACUCCAGUUAUCUAUCAGAUUUGCUGCUACAUUUGUAAAAUGAACUUUGCCUGUAAUGGUCAACUUUAAUCUAAUUUACAGUUCUUUACUUUUAGGAGGUUUUGUCAUAUAAUUUGACCCAUGUAUAGAAUUAGGAUACUUUAUUUUAGGGGUGUACCAUAAAAGCACACUGGUCCCUGUAUUCUUUUUAUCAUCAUUUAGGUUUUGAAUUUUUGUUUGCUUUUUGUGUUCGUUGAUGUUUGUUUUGUCUUGUUUUAAAUUAGAAGAGUGAGAGAAAUCUGUAAUCAGGCCAAAAUUGAGAACUUGCCCCAUGCUUCAGCACUGUAGUUUCUGCUGACCUUAUGUUCUCAAAAGGGCACUUUUACUUUCUAUUGUGCAUGUAUGAUUGGUUUUUUGUUUGUUUUUGUUUUUGCUUUUAGGGGGCUUUUGUUUUUGUAAUAAUGAUGUGGAAGAAAAAUGCAGUAGUAGGUAAAUGACUGGUUACAAACAUGUUAAACAAUUUUAUUUUAUAAAAUUUAAGGGGAAAGGUUUAACUCUGUAGAUCGUUUCUUAGCUCUGGUAAAAUGGCUUAUAUUACUCCUCUAAAACAUACUCAGUUCAGGCCUUUGUCUUUGUUAAGUGCCUUUUUUUUCUUUCUUUUUUCCCUUCUUUUGAAACUGUUCUCAGAUAUCCUAAAGUACAGGCUAAUACGUCAGGGGAUUCAGGAGGAAGAAUCUCAAAACUUGCCAAGAUCAUGUCAUGCUGUAAUAUUCUUCCUUUUCCUUAUAUGAAUAUGGAUAUAUGUGUAAGAUACAUACAUACAUGCAUACAUAUAUAUAUCUGUAUAUAUAUGUAUACAUAUGUAAUAUAUAUACAAAACUAGUAGCUGCUGUACCAUUGCAUCCUUUCUAAGCACUCCCCUAUUAAUGCUUGCAAAACUGCCUUGUUUAUUCCAUUGCUUUUAGUCAAUUCAAAUGGAUAGAUUGGGAAAUUGUCUUUUUACAAGAUACUAUUUUCCCCCUUUGAAUAUCUGUUUGUAGACGUCAACAGCAACAACAACUAUAACUAUAUAUAUAGAUAUAGAUAUAUAUAUAGAUAUAGAUAUAUAGAUAUAGAUCUAAAUAAAAUAAGUCAGUUGUUACAAGUAAAAUAAAUUUAGCGGACUCACUGACUGUUCCUGGAUGUAAUCCACUACUCUGCCCUUCAAACUUGGCGUGCAUAAGACUAGAGAAAGCAUUGGAAUAACAAGAAUCUUAGAGUCUUUCUGGGUCAAGUUGAUAAGGUACACAACGGCAGGCAAGACUAAAGACAUGGGAGAGCUAGAGUUAGAACCAUGGUAUUGUUUCUGAGUUUUGAAGGAAGUUAGCAACUUUGUCAAUAUUAAAAAUGCAUCAUGUAUUCUUCUGGGAAAUAAUUUUUGAAGAAUUCAUAUAGCUGCAUAUCUGUCAAAAGGUUAAUAAAUAGAAGUAGAAAGACUUCAGAUUCUGAGGAAAAACACUCAUAUAACCCAUAGCAUUCUUGAGAGAGCUUCAGUUUUCUUAUUUGCCAAAUAAUUACAUUUGGCUUAAUACGAUUUAACGGUCAUUUAUGUUUCUCCCUUGAGCAAAAUAACAUAAUAUUCGAUAGCUAAUAUUCAUCAGUUUCUUGUUGAAAACAGAUGUGACGUGUUAAGGGAGACUAAAUUGAACCAAUCCUCAAAGCCCAGUACAGAUAUAUCUAAUAAAUGCCCCCUUUUAACUACAUUUUAACUGAGGAGACUGGUGGCCAAAAAGGAGAAAGCAGGGGCUCCUGGUGGUGUUACCUGAUAGCAAGACUGUUAUCAGGUGGCCUCAGUUCAGUCAUGUUACUCUUGAAUUACUGUGUUUAGGGGGAAUAUCAUUUAACCUUUGUGCCUCAGAUUACCCAUUAGAAAAUUGGGUAUAAUAAUAUUCACCUACCUCCCAGGGAUAUCAGAGACUUUUUCAAAAAUAUUUUGAGUUUUUCUAAAAUGUCCUAUAUAAUUAAAAAAGUAUUAUCAUUUUCCUGCAGAGGCUAAAAAAUGUUUCCCUAUGAUGGGUAUAAAAAAGUACCAUAUGAUUUUUAAGUUUAAAAAAAAAAUCACUGGAAUUCUAAUUUAGAUACAUAUUUGUUAUUUAAACAUAUUAUAUUUGUGGUUGGAUAAAAUGCUUAGUUUCAGGUUAAUAAGUGGGGAGGGGGUAAAUAACACUAAGUUUCUUAAUUAUAAGUAGAUUUUUUUUAGCCAUUUAUGGUAUUAUUACACGUGUGAUCUUUGCCAAGGUUGUGGAGCUGAAGCUAGCUAAAGCUUGGACGAUUGGUUAUUGGAGUUGAUUAAUGAUCCCAAACAUUUUAUCUGCCUCACUUUGCCAUAUUCUCAUUCUGAUUUCCUUAUAUUACUUGUUUAGUGAUGGAUAGCUAAACUUUUAACUUUCUAAGAAUGAAUGGGAGUCUCCUCCUUCUUGUAAAUCGAGAUUGUGUACUCUUGCUGUAACUAUAGGUUUAUCCAGCUUUGCACUGAAGGGGCAAGCACUACAUACAGUCAGCUGGGUGUACUUUUAGCCAGUCUACCUUUGUAAUUUAUGCUUCUUCAACCGUGAAAGAGUUGGAGCCAUCAACUGCUCAGGUGGUAGGAAAAUGGGAGAGGGGGGAGGCAGGAUUCUUUUCCUAUGGGUGGGGAUGGUGGGGGUAGAAGGAAACAUGUUUUGCUCAACUCCAAAGAGGAAAGGAAGGUCAUCUUAUCCUACCCUCCACUGGGUAUAUUAAGCAGUAAUACAUAGAAUUUUCCUUUUAUCAUUGGAAACAACAACAACAGGAAAAAAUGGAUGCCGCCUCUCUGAGCUAAUUGCUUAGCAACAUUUGUUAGGGGGUGUGUGUAGAUUUAAAUUGUAGCACAUAUUCAGGGUCAGGAAAGAGAAUGUAGGGGGAUGAGGAACAAAUUAUCCAGUGUAAGUGAGUCAGCAGAAAGCGCCAGGCCCAAGCAGACAAAGCCUCUGGGUUAAUUCCCAGAACUAGCUGAGGCCCAUUUAAUCUCUAGUGAUAGGAUGUUUUUCCUUAAAAGUCACUUUUUGGUUUUUUUGUUGCUUUUUCCAGAUAAAGCCUUAGUUAGUAGCCUCUAAAUAUCAACUAUGCAGAUAAACACACAAAUUUUCCACACGUUUUCUUUUUUCCAUUCUUUAAAUGACAGAUGUUAAUUAAGACUUCUACCCAAAGAAAUAAGGCAUAAGGGUUUUGUUGAAUGUGUGUUUGUUCCUCUAGGGAAAAUUAAUGGAAACAUAAAAAUAGAGAUAUUUUGUGUGUUCAUCUAUCCUAAAAUGUGAACUUUAUAUUCAAAAACUAAGUUCAGAUACUGGUGCAAACUGUAGUUAGAAUCAUGGAAUGUCUUUGGGUUGUUAAGAUAAAACCAUCCCAGUGUUCAAUUCUGAGAAAGUUUUAGAUUCUGUGGCACAGUGUUCAGGUUUGUGGAGCUAAACAGAUGGUCAGACUAUAAUUAAAAAGCUUUGAAUAUUAAUGUCAAAUUCUUUCUUCAUUUUCUUUAGUCUUCAUUCUUCUUUCCUCUAGUCUGAGCUCUUCAGUUAACCAUUCCAUCAACCAAUUGCUACACUAGAAUGUAAGUUGCUAAGAGUCAGGGGAGGAAAGGUUAAACUGUCUUUCACCUCCUUUUCUCACUCACGUUGGCCAUCUAUGCUGUGUUCCCACUGAAUUCAAAAGUAAAGACUAUAGGCAUUUCUAGGAGACGGUUUACAUCCCAGCACAGACUCAGACAGGGACUGGUAGGAUUUUAAUCAGACUGCUUUUGAAUAACUUAGUAUUAAAUUACAUUUUUCUCAGAUACUCCCAAAGUACCGUUUGCUUGAAAGUAACUGUGAUCUUUGUUUAAUUUCCUCAUACUGUAAUACUUCUUUUUUCCAGCCUUUCUUACACAUGUACAUUUUACAUCGGGUUAGUACUUAAAUUUUGGACACUUUUCCGAACUGUUACCCAAACAGGUCAAGAAUACUUUUAAAAAUCUCAGUAGUAAAAUCAAAGGGGUCUAUAUGUCCAGAACUUAGAGUCAUCACUGGUGACCUGAAUUAUUUUUCUCUUCUUUGUGUUAAAAAUAGAUUUCUCUACUAUAUAAUGUAGUAGCAGCUACAUUGCAUGGCUUCCUCAAUACUUUUCAAGAUUAUUCAGAAGAGACACAGACCUUUUUUAGGCCUCUUAUUUCACAUAAUACUCUGCCUUGCUUAUUUUCAUUACUUCCCCUGGAAUAAACCUACUUCGCAAAGGUCUGAGUCAGAGAGGCCAUAUGAAUCCUUAGUACCAAUUUUAUGUUCCUCAGAAAACUCUCUAUACAUUAUUUACUCCCAUUUGCCAAUAAUAAUAUAAUUCUAUUUUAAUCUAGUUUUAAAAUAUUUUGUAAUAAAGCACUAAUGGAAACCUAAUUGAAAUACAAACAAGAUGAUUAUUACCUAAGAUAACUUGGAGAUACUUCUGUUUUUGAAGUUAACAGCUCCAUCUACCCUCUAAGCACAUUUAGGAGUCAGCAGUAACCAAGACCAGCCAAGUGGCAUGUUUCUCUAUGUGACAACCUGCCCUUUAUUUGUCACAUCUCAGCUAUAUUAUAUUUUCUGUCCUUGCGGCCACAAACUUCCCUCCUUUUUUUGCUUCUCUAUUCUGUUUGCAGGGGUAGUGUGCCCUGUGCCCGCAUAUUGGGUUUUCUUUCCUGUACCUGUGAAAUUACCAAGAAUUACCCCAAUUUUGUCCAGAGGCAUUAAAAGAGAAGUUAUUCUCAGUUGAUAAAUGUAUUACUGUUUUAUAUAGGUAGUCAGAAAGUUGACCAAGUUUGGCCAACUUUUAAAAUCCUGGCUAUGUUACAUAAUUAAUUACAUAUACCUUCUGAGACCUUCAGAUAAGCAAGGGGCCCUUUCACCAGUAGAGGUAGGUUUCCAACCUAUACGUAAUUUCCUGGCCAGCCUCCAGAGAAAGGAUUCAAGCUUUGUACUGUUCUUUUGUUGGCUGUCAUUGAAAAACUAUAUUAUAGAAUGUAUCAAAAAUAUCUAAUUGUUCUUAAGAAGAGUAUGUAAAUCUGGAGCUUGUCCUUGUUUGUUGCUUGCUAAACACUGUAAAGCUUAAAAGAAAAGGAAAGGAAAUCUCUGGCUGGUGAAAAUUUUGUGCCCCAAAUAAUGUGUUAAUCAAAGUUAUCUACCACGGUAACCAAGUGAUGAGUGUUUUCUCUUUUAUUACAAGCAGGAAAAUUUAUUUGCAGUUGUAAAACUUAUUGUGGGACUGCAGGCCUAUUUACUAUAAAUGAUUGGAAAUAAGGAUUCUGAUUUUUAGUCUGGGUUAAGCACAUAUUUCCAACCCUUGCGGUAUGAAUUUUCAUAAAGGAAAGACUUUUGUUUGGUAACAGAAGGAAAAACAGGACUUAUUUAUACAGUGAAUGUUCACUCUGUAGAGGAGCUUCCCUCCAGUUACACAUCAUGUUCUUACUUUAGCCGCCUCCACACUUGAUAUAGAUGCCAACAUGUUUUACAACGAGUCUUGAAGGAAGGAGCCUACAUAAUUGUUGCUCCUCCGGGUGAAAGGCCCUGGUUACUGUACUGCAUUUGUUUAUAGGGAGGUGUGUUUUUGCUAACUUGAAGGGAUAUACUGUAUUUUAAAAGUGUGUGACUUAAUAUUUUGGGAUUUUUUUUCCUCCUUUAAAACUGGACCUGAACACAGCUUUGAGUUGAUAUUUGUAAUAAUCUCAGGACCUGAAAGAUUGUAGCAUUUAGUGUGUCUUAAAAAUUAUGUACUGUACCAGCCAUGGAUUUUUGUAAAUAUACCUGUCUCCCUUUUUUGUAUUAUUUUAGUAAAAAAAAAAAUAAUAAAUUUAAAUACAAUGGGGUGGUGACGACAUGUGGAUGGGUGUGGGUAUGUAUGUGUGUGUGUUUGUAUAAGGCUCUUUUGAGAUGAACUGGUGCUUGUUUAAUUUCCGGCUCUAAUGAGAGCAGGAAUAUGGACAAACUGCUGCUACUGAACCCUGCACUGAGCCUAGCUGUUUCCAUUGCAUUUCCUAGUGAUUGACCAGGAAAUGACUAAGUUAAAUUCUUCUUCCCACUGCCAUCUUGCCUUUGAAUUCUCAGUUCUACACACUUUUUGAACUUCAGUGGUAAAUCUUUCCGAACUUUGGGUGGUUUGCUGGUCUGUAGUUUUUAAAGAGCUCUUGUUACUAUUUUCUAAGAAGAAAGAAAGACAGGUAAAUUUUUGUAACCAAAAAAAAAUCACAUUUCAUAAAAUCCUGAUGAAUUUUGGACAUGUGAGAGGACUUGAACAUUCCUAAAUGUGGAUCUGUGAAUUUAGUAAAUUGACCCCAUUGAUAUACUCUUUCAGUGCAGGGAUUUCUUUUUUUUUUUUUCGUAACAGCCUUGCUCAUAUUCCAGGUGUAGCUAAGCAAACCCCUGUUUUAAAGCAGGAGCCUUAUUUGAUUCAGUGUAGAUGUUUUCCUGUCUAUCCUUUGUGACAGGGCCUUUUACAUGAGUGUUUUUUCUUUUUGUACGUGUUAUGUGUUUGUUGUAUUAAAUAAAGAGGAAUGUACAUAUUA